UAAAAGGAACCCUUCUUAAGAGUUCAUCUCCCCAUUUCCGCAUUACUGGAGGACGAAACAGGCCUGUUGCUCAACAUCACACAGACCUGACCAGGAGGUUUUAUCAGGGUCAUCUGCAGCAAUUUCAACAAACAAAGGGGCCCCUAGAUAGGCAGAAGAUAAUGGCCAUGCAGGGAAUCCGAUCAUUGCUGCUGCUGUUGGCCUUGCUUGGCCUGUGGCUGGUGCAGCCCUCUUCUGGCCAGAGUCGGAGGUACCAACAGUUCCUGCGACAGCAUGUGGACCCUUACAGUGAAGGUGGUGAUGCUACGUAUUGCACCCAGAUGAUGCAUAAGAGGCGGAUGACUGUGCAAAAGUGCAAGCCUGUUAACACUUUCAUCCAUGAGGACAUUUGGAACAUCAACAGUAUCUGCCAUACCACUGCCAUCAAAUGCAAGAAUGGCCAAAUGAACUGCCAUGAAGGCAUCAUGAAGAUCACAGAUUGCAGAGUGACAGGUGGCUCUACUUCUCCAAACUGUAGGUACCGGGCCAUGGCCAGAACCAGGCAUGUUGUCAUUGCCUGUGAGAAUUCAGAGCCUGUGCACUUUGAUGGGUAAGACCCAUCCUGCUGGCUUUACCCUCAGCCAAAAUUCCCACUUUCUUGUUGUCUGCUAGUGAAAGAUGGGAACUGUCCUGGGCCCUAUUCCCUAAAAUCCUUUGCUUAUUCUCCUAUAACUAGUUCAUGGCUUUGCAUACUUUGACCCUAAAGGAAGAGAAACAAAGUCUGCAAAAGAGCUGGGUUAUAUCCCCUAACAUCCCCUAUAUCCUCCUUGUAUAGUUGUGGAAGGGUUAAAUCUUCUUUUUCCUAUCCUCUUGACAGGAGAAAGGAUGAAUAGUGAUACCUUCAUAUGUAUAUGUCACAUCUUCUUUCCAAAACAUUUUUUAAUAUGUCAUUUCAUCAUGUGAUUGUCAUAAUACCCCCAAUAACACUAAUGUACCAGAGAUGUCACAUACUAGGCCCAUGGGCCACAUGUAACCUGUAACACUCCUGAGUGUGGACAAAACUAGAUUAAAAUGUAAUUGGGAAAUAUUUAAUAAAAUAAAUAAGAAUACAAUAAAACAUAGAUAAUAGUACACUCUAAAACUAAGUCAGUAUGAGGCCUGCAGGAUUCUUUUUUAAUGAUAUAAUGGCCCUCGUUUCUAUUUGAGUUUGAUACCACCGUUAGCAGACUAUGUUGUGUCUAAAGUUUUUACUAAGCACUUUCUGAGCUUCAUAACGACUCAGUAGGCAUCAUUCCCAUUCCUAUUUUAUGGCUGAGGAAACUGAAGCUGAGAGAAAGUCCAUGGUCACACAAAUAGUUGUUGGAGGCAGAUUUUGAAUCCUGGUCUGUCUUGACUUUAAGUGUAAACCUUUUCCCAUUACACCAUGAACCCAAGGAAUAUUACUAUUCUCAUUUGAAUGAUGGAGAACCUGAGGCCCAGAGUGGUCAAAAGGUUAGUUAGUGGUGGUUUAGCCAAGCAUAGACUAUAGAUCUGCUAGCUUCUAAGCUCAUUCCGUCUUUACUACAAUGAGACAAGUGCCAGAACGCUGGUUCUUCUUAGUAGCCAAAGAAAACCAGUUGCAGUGGGAGGCCUUCAUUAACUUUGGAGUUAGGACAGUGGAAAGAUUUGGACCCCAUCAGUUUCAAUCUGAAUUAGGAUAGGAUCAAGUGACCAGACUAAAUUUCCUUUUUUCCUCUUCCCAAGCCUGGAAAUUACUUUAGUGAGUUAGAAUCAUAUAUUAAAAGAGCAAUAUAACCUCAA